AUGGGAAGCGGCCGGGUCAACCCUGAGCCAGUCAGCAGCACAACUAGCAGUCCCCCCGGCCCCGCCUGCCCUGUGAUACCCUUCAUCCUCUGGUUGAAAGGCCAUCCACGUCAACGCGCGGAACUGCAGGAGCGCAGGCUGAAAUCUCACGGUCAAGAUGUCACCGUGUCAGAGCAGACCCCGCGCUGCAAGCCCAUCACGCAUCAAACCGGGGGUUCCAAAGUCGAGCAAAAAGAAUGGAUCCAAGAAGCGUUGCUAAAAAGGAGAAUCAAAGUUUGCUUACCUUGA